ACAGCCGCCAAUUGCCGGCACUGGGAGCCUGUGAAAGUGUGGCCACAGGGGCCCACUUUGGGAAGCUGAAAUUACCAAAAGGAGCCCCGGUUCAUGCACCUUCCCUUAGUUCUCUCCGUCCGUACCCUGUUUUGAGAAUUGAAUAUGGGGAGACCUCCUCCAUAAUUUAGCCCCAGUUGGUUGUGGAAUUUCGUUGGAAAUUCGGCAAGUUCGGCAAUUGUUUGAAUGGGUUCUUGUCCGUCGUCGAUGAAAUCCCAAGGAGGGGGACUCGUUCUCUUUUACGUCUUCCUGGGGGGAAAACGUGAACGGCCUCAUCGUCGCCAUUGACAGCAAGGGGAGUGGCUUCGGCUGCGACGAGAAAAGCAGCUCAUCGUCGCCUUUUGCGUCGCGGACGGCGUGGGUGCUCUUCGCUGUCGACUCUGAUUCGAUCGUCGUCUCGGAAAGGUUUUAUGAGGUUUAUAUGUGGUCCAGAAUGACUCUAUAAGAGUGGAAUACUACAGGCUAUGUGCAAGUUCAUCGUGCCUGGUGCUGUUUUUUGACAAAGGGAUUGUUCAGUAUGGUGCCACACGGGAUAUAUUCUACAACCUUGGAGCUCCAAGCCGAUUAUGAUAUGGAGCAUAUGGCUUUGACACCCGGGAUUCAGCAUGAGCUCUGGCCAUUGGAUGAAAUUGAUCCUACAAAGGACAAAUUUCCAUGCUGUUUAGUUUGGACGCCACUACCGGUAGUCUCAUGGUUGGCUCCUUUCAUCGGACAUAUAGGGAUUUGUCGGGAAGAUGGAGUUAUAUUAGACUUUUCUGGUUCCAAUUUUGUGAAUGUUGAUAACUUUGCAUUUGGCGCAGUGGCAAGGUACCUCCAACUUGAGAGAAAACAGUGUUGCUUUCCAGCGAAUCUAGCUGAACAUACAUGUAAGUACGGCUUCAAGCACGGAGAAUAUGGGGCUGCAGUUACUUGGGACGACGCCUUGCGAUCGAGUAUGCGCCACUUCGAGCACAAAACCUACAACAUAUUCACCUGCAACUGCCACUCAUUUGUCGCUAACUGUUUGAACCGUCUCUGCUAUGGUGGAUCAAUGGAAUGGAACAUGAUAAAUGCAGCAAUGCUGGUGCUGUUUAAGGGCCAAUGGGUCAGUGUAAUGUCGAUCCUGAGAGCGUUCCUACCUUUCGUGUCGGUGCUUUGUUUGGGUUUAUUGCUGGUCGGAUGGCCAUUCAUAAUUGGUCUGUUCUCGUUCUCUAUGCUCCUUGUUGGGUGGUUUUUGUUGGGUAACUAUUGGCUCAAGUGUUUGAUAGACUGUUAAUAUAAUCUAUAAUUGACCUUGCUUUAUAGAGGGAAGAAAAUAUGUAGAGAAUUCAGAAUAAGUUUCUAAUGUCCACCGUAAAGGAUCAUGUAGUGGAUGGUUCUUCCUGGUUGUAUUCAUUGAUGUCAGUUUCUGAGGCCUUGUGAAGAACUGGAACUACUGUAUAGUUUGAUUUUUAAAGCUAAAGCAAAGGUUUACCAUUUUUGUUGGGAAA